GGGGAGCCCGGCGCCCCGCGGCCCAUUCGCCACCGGCGGCGGCAGCGCGGCGGUCGGCGGCGCUUGGCCCCCCGCGGGCAGGGCCUGUCAGCGGCGGCCGCCCCCUCCCCGGCGAUGAAGGCGAGCCCCGCGGCGGCCGCCACCGCGGCGGCGGGGCCGGGACAGGCGGGGGGACCGCGGGAAGGCGAUGCGCGCUGGCGGGAGAAGGGCGAAGCGGAGGCGGAGAGGCAACGCACCCGGGAGAGGCUGGAGGCCACGCUAGCCGGGCUGGGCGAGCUGGAGUACCUGAGGCAGCGGCAGGAGCUGCUGGUGAAGAGCCUCCUGCUGCGGCGGCCGGCGGGGGCGGCGGCCGGGGCGCAGGGCGGCCGCGGGGAGCCGGCGGGCGAGGGGCCGCCGCCGCGCAGCCUGGAGGAGAAGUUCCUGGAGGAGAACAUCCUCCUCCUCCGGAGGCAGCUGAACUGCUUGAGGAGGAGGGAUGCCGGCCUACUAAAUCAGUUACAAGAGCUAGAUAAACAAAUAAGUGAUCUCCGGCUGGACGUGGAAAAAACGACAGAUGAACACCUUGAGACAGACAGUCGUCCAAGUUCAGGGUUUUAUGAGCUGAGUGAUGGAGCUUCUGGAUCGCUCUCCAAUUCAUCUAACUCUGUCUUCAGUGAGUGUUUAUCCAGUUGCCAUUCUAGCACUUGCUUUUGCAGCCCUUUGGAGGCAACACUGAAUAUCUCAGAUGGACGCCCUAAAUCUGCAGAUCUCAUAGGCUGGAUGGACUAUAAUAAGGAAGGCCAGCAUGAGGACCAGACCGCAGGCUCUGUCUGUCGCUCUUUGUCCACGCCGCACUCAAAUUCCCUCGAUGUCGUUGCAGAUGUACAUCCAAAGUACCAGUGCGAUCUGGUGUCUAAAAACGGGAAUGACGUCUACCGGUACCCCAGCCCACUCCAUGCGGUAGCUGUGCAGAGUCCCAUGUUUCUUCUUCCUGUGACUGAAAACCCCCAGCGAGAAGAGGAGAGGCUUGGUUGUGAUAUCGGCGACGUUUGCGCCGCAUCUGAAACGGACUCGGGAAAAUCCACCAACGCCUUUCUCCCGCAAGGCUCCUGGCCGGCACCGUGCCCUUCCACCAGCAAGAGGAUAGAUGGUUACAUCUUAAGCCUGGUUCAGAAAAAGACUCACGCGGUAAGGACUAACAAACCGAGGACAAGUCUCAACGCUGAUCCCACCAAAGGGAUCUUGAGGCAUGGAAGCAUGUGUGUCAGGCAGCCUGCAGGGGUGGUGGCUCACGGUAACGUCGUGAACCUGAAGAGCUCCAAGCAAGUGUGCUUGCCUUCUGGUGGGACCACUGCUCUGGACCAUGCAGCACCCUCCCCAUUAAAGCAGAGGCCGAGGGAGCCGGCUGGUGAGCAGCUGGAGAGUAGGAAGGCACCUUUGCCGGCAGCUUUCCCGCCUGGUGCGGCGAGUGAACUUCAGAGCAAGCACCUGCCAUGGGGCAUCAAACCAGCUCCUCCGGAGCUCACCCGCAACACAGUGGCCACGGCAGGGGACGUCCCCAAGGAGAAUGGGCAGCUCUUUGCUGCAUCUCCCAAAGAGAGCCCGGGGAAGACUAUGGUGCUGCAGUCGGAGAAUAGGGUCAGCCAACCCCCCAAAAAAGUCCUGCUGAAGAGCAGCUUGCAGGCAGCUCGCUCCUCGUCACCUGCCGUCGAGGAGAGGCCCGUGCUGGAUUUCAAAAGCGAGGGCUCUUCCUCCCAGAGCCUGGAUGAUGGGUUGUUGGUGAAUGCCCAGUACAUACCGGCCCAGCAGCAAAGCGUGAAGCUUCACAAAGGCACCCGAAACAUCAAGAUUUUGAAAAGCUCUGCUCUGAAACACAGGCCCCACCUUGCCAAUGGGCUGGAAAAUGGUUCGCAGACGUUGCGGGAGAAAACCAAGCCGGUCGGCAAGAAGUGCCGCUUUCCUGAUGAGUUGGAUACAAAUAAGAAACUGAAAAAACCCUCCUCACGGGGGAAGAGAGGCAGCGGCUUGCAGCCGGAGUCGGGCCUCCAGAGUCGUCAGGCUGGCCUGCACAAAUCCACCGUCCGAUCCCAUGGGCACGGCCGAGAGGUUGUGGUGGCCAAGCCUAAACACAAGCGUGCCGACUACCGCCGGUGGAAGUCAUCGGCAGAGAUUUCCUAUGAGGAGGCCUUACGGCGGGCGAGGAGGAACCGGCGGGAAGGUGUGGGGGUCUACUCGCAAGUCCCCCUACCCUACGUCAGCCCGUACGCCUACGUGGCCAGCGACUCGGAGUACUCGGCAGAGUGCGAGUCCUUGUUCCACUCCACCGUGGUGGACACGAGCGAGGAUGAGCAGAGCAACUACACGACGAACUGCUUUGGAGACAGCGAGUCGAGCCUGAGCGAGGUGGAGUUUGUAGGGGAGAGCACGACCACCAGCGACUCUGAUGAGAGCGGGGGCCUUAUUUGGUCUCAGUUUGUCCAGACGCUCCCCAUCCAAACGGUCACAGCGCCAGAGCUGCAUGAAAAUGCAGCGAAGGCCUUUGUCAAAAUCAAAGCCUCCCACAACCUCAAGAAGAAAAUCCUCCGCUUUCGGUCAGGCUCCCUGAAGCUCAUGACAACCGUCUAGUGAGGUGACUUGGUGGAAUGUAUCUGCUUCUGCUUUCAGAAGCAAGGUGCUUUUGUGUACAUAUUUCCACAGAUUUUUUUUUUUAUACAAAUAUUUAAAACUUAAGGUAAAUUAUGUCACUUGUCUUCAGAACUUGGGUGGAUACUAGUGCCUUUUACGUGGAAACAAAAGACCAUUAUACUUGUUUAAAAAUAACCCAACAUAACACUGCCAUUUCAGUGGUGAACAGCCUCCAGUACAUGGUAUCAGAAGGCUUUGAAAAAAGGCUAAUGUUUCUGGGAAUGGAUCUUCCUUGCCUAGUUUUUCCAGUUCUGGGUCUUAUACAGGAUAUCGACAGCUUAAGGUCAUAAGUUUUUAGGGGAUAAGGGGGAGGGACUGUGGGUAGUCUUCAUGUUUUUGCUUGUCCCUUUCUUCUGCCACAUUUUGAACUUCUUCCUCCUGGUAGUCUGGCCUGUUUUUGUUGUUUUUUUUUUUUUUCUUUUCUUGUUGAUUCUCUUCUUGAAACUCACCCCUCUCCUCCCCCAGCCUUCCCCCACCAGGAAAGGGCUCCUGUUCAAUCUGUCUCCAAGGUUAAGUCGCCUUCUCUGGAGUGCACUCUGCUCCCAUCUCCUGGGAGUCCCGCUGCGGAUGGCGGUGGUGUUCAGAGUAAACCAUUGGAGCAGCUGACCAAGGCAUAGUAACUUCAGUAUAUUGUGUAAAACUGCUUUUGAAAAAGAAAAAAAAAAACAUAUGCAUGUCACGUGCAUGAGUAUCAGUAGUUUUAAUAUUCCUGUUGAUGUCCAAUUUACUGUACAUCAUCAAUGGCUGUUUUUAUAUAUAUAUCUCAUUGUGUAAAUUAAUAUAACACAUCAUAUGCUGUAAUAAACAGUCUGUUUUAAUACUU